AUGGCCAUGAAAAGCUUAGAGAGAGCGCCAGCAGUGAGAGAUGUAGACGGUGUUGAUGAAGAAAGCUCAGAUGACAGUGAGGGGGAGAUGGACCGUGUUGGAGCAAGUCUUGAGGCAUACUCUGAUCGAGCAUUACUGGCAGUUGUGCGGCACGGGUUUGCACACUACAUGGGGAUCCCGAACCUUCAGGUUAAGCACCUGCCUGUUAGCUGGCCAAAGGACGAUGAGGCAUGGCUGACUGACAGUGUGACUAGCACAAAAUUAGUUCGUUUUCUAUGGGAAGAGAGUCAUACACACUCGGAUAAUCACGAAGGUCUCUGCAAGAUCUGGACCUACAUCCAUGAAAAAGGUGCCCUCUUCAGUCCGUCGGCUGAAAAGGCCUUGAAGGUAAUCAGUGAAGAGCAUCUCCGCGAGCGAGUGAUCGAGAAGUACCACAGCUUGCAAAAAGCUCUUUGGCCCGCAGGGCAUAUUCCUUCGAUGCGGGUUUCUGCUGUUGCAUCUGCAACAGCCAGUGCACAGCGACUUGGUGAACCUGGUGAUCCUCCUCCAUUGACAAAGGGGGUGCGUCAAAGUCGUCAGUUGGGGAAAUUGGAGGUGCGAGAGCGGAAGUUCAAAGCCUUACCGGAUGACUCCAAAUACAAAACUGAUGCAUACAAGACAGCUCUCAUUCAACAGCUGAUGUCUGAAGAUGAGAAUGAGAGGGAUGCUGAAGGAAAGCUAACAGGAUGCUUUUUAAUGAGGCCGUGGAUGUGGGCCAGUGACAAAAGGAACAUGUUCAUUGCAGACGUUGACGCUCAACAAGAUCCUGAGCUGCCGAAACGAUACACCAAACGUGUCUGUGGGCCGAUAGGGAAGGCUGGGUUGCCCUGGAUCCAAAAGGUUGAGCAUCGUGCACGGAGGUGGAUGGUCUCACCACAGUGGCUCGUGGAUCCUGCAAACCAACAGUUUGAUGUGCCAGCGUUUGUCAUCGAUAAUGAAAAGAAAUGUGUCAAGAUUGAGAAGAGAGAAUAUGCGGCAAAGAAAAAAAUCAAGCUUGAUGAAAAGGUGAGCAAGAAAGUCAAGGCGAAGGGGAAGGGAAAAGGGAAAGCAAAAGCCGUCGAAGAGGCACAGCCUGUCACUAGUUCAUCAAAAGCGGUGGCUGAAAAGGAUGGAAAUGAGUCCAGUGACUUUGAGUAA